AUCCUGUAGCUCCGUGUCGUAGGGUUGAGAAGUUAGCCAUAUGACGCUAGGCUAGCUAAAGGCUAGCUAGUUUAUGAUAGCCUUUCCGUUUGGUAUCGGGGAGAGAGGAGGCAUUCGUGUCAGCACAUAUUGGAACAUUUUUUGGUGUCAGUGUGUAUACAAAACCAGCCAGCAAACGAACCUUGGUUAGCCGCUGACAGACAUACAAGCAACACUGCAAAACAAGGCCCUUGGGAAUUACGAACCGCUAGCAAGUCUGAUAGUUGUGUUUUUGCAAGAGGACUCCAACGUUGCCUAGCUCUCUGGCUUGCAAACGUCAUUUCACGAGUGCUAUAGCUAGUCUUGCAACAAGCAAGCAGCAAUAUAAAAGUAGCAUAGCUAGCUAGGUCAACAGACCACGGCAUUAUUAAAGAUGAAUGGAAUAUGUAUGAAGAACGAGGGUAUAGAGGGGACAGAGCGGUUCGCUAGCCCGGGGAAGGGCAGGGGACUGCGGGCUGUGAAGCACUUUGCUGUCGGAGACUUAGUAUUUGUCUGUCCUGCCUAUUCCUACGUGCUGACAGUGAACGAGAGAGGAGCCCACUGUGAAUACUGCUUCACCAGGAGGGAAGGCCUCUCCAAAUGUGGCCGAUGUAAACAAGCGUACUACUGUGAGAUGGACUGCCAGAAGGGCGACUGGCCCAUGCACAAGUUAGAGUGUACAGCCAUGUGUUCCUAUGGGGAGAACUGGUGUCCAUCAGAGACCGUCAGACUGGUGGCCAGGAUCAUCAUGAAACAGAAAGUCACAACGGAACGUUCACAGUCAGAGAGGCUGUUACUCCUCAGUGAGUUUGAAGCCCAACCAGACAGAUAUAGCAGCACUGCAUCAUUUCUACUCUAAACACAUAGUUCCUGAUGACCAAACCCUGACUGUGCUCUUUGGUCAGGUAAACUGUAAUGGCUUCACCAUAGAGGAUGAGGAGCUGUCUCACCUGGGCUCUGCUGUGUUCCCUGAUGUAGCAUUGAUGAACCAUAGUUGUAGUCCUAACGUCAUCGUCACCUAUAAGGGAACAGAGGCUGAGGUACGAGCCGUGCAGGACAUCCAGCCUGGAGACGAGGAUGGAGCUAAGAUGGAGCUUCGUAAGUUGAGCUCUCCCCCGGAGGAGGUCAGAAAGAUGGUUCACUACGCCAGGAAUGUUAUUGAAGAGUUCCGUAGAGCUAAGCACUACAAGACCCCUAGUGACCUGCUGGAGAUCUGCGAGUUGAGCCAGGAGAAGAUGAGCUCUGUAUUUGCCGACACUAACGUGUACAUGCUUCACAUGAUGUACCAGGCCAUGGGAGUCUGUCUGUACAUGCAGGACUGGGACGGAGCCAUGAGCUACGGAGAGAAGAUCAUACAACCGUACAGUGUCCACUACCCAGCCUAUUCUCUGAACGUGUCCUCCAUGUACCUGAAACUGGGCCGUCUCUACCUGGGACUGGAGAGGAAGACCCAGGGAGUCAAGGCAUUAAAGAAGGCGAUCGCCAUUAUGGAAGUGGCUCAUGGGAAGGAUCACCACUAUGUAACAGAGAUCAAACGAGAGGUGGAGGAGCUGAAGUAAGGAGGAGGAAAAGUGAAGAAGAGGAAGGAGUGAAGAAGAGGAUUAGAGGAAGAGGGAGUAAUGUGAAGGAGGGGUGAGGACCAUGAAGGACUUCUCCAAACCCUGGGUCAAAACAUCAUAAUUAAACAAAAUAGCUGUAUGGAGCUGAGCAUGCAUCCUAUACCUCUCUCUUUAUGUGUCUCCUUCUCCCUCUAUCUCCCCCUCCAACUCUCCAUCUAUCUCCCCCUCCAACUAUCUCUCCCUCCAACUCUCCAUCUCUCUUCCUCCAACUCUCCAUCUAGCUCUCCCUCUCCCUCCAUCUAUCUCUCCCUCUCCCUCCAACUCUCUCCCUCGUUCCGUCUUUGUUGAUGAAUUUAAAGUCAAAUCAGGUUUCUUACAGGCCGGCAGUUUCUCUCAUUAACCAGCCAGUGAAAAGAGACAACGGCCCUAGUAUUUCUGCUCCAUCGGUUGUUUCUGCAAACUGGCUGCUUCUACGGUAACGGUCAAAUCAUGUCCUGUGAGGUCUGAGACAGUACAUGACGGGGGUCUUACUGGGUAGCACUAUUGCUGUAAAUGGCAAUGAUACUUGUAGUUUUUUUGGUUUGUUUCUGGCGCCUGGACUCGUAUCUGCCCAAACUUUGAAGAGAAGAGAGAAUUCAUGAAUUCACAAAUCAUGUUUGAAUUAACGGAUCAAGUGUUUCUCUCGUAGCAAAUUGAGAGAAGAGAAAAAAAAUAAUAAUUGAGUCCGAACUUAAAUCAUUUCUUUGUCCUACAGCACAGACCUUGUUGAGGAAAUGUCCUUUUUGCCUGUUUUAGAAAAUGAGAAGUGUUGCUUGUUUUCUCUCUCACUCAUAAACAGGAUGCUGUCUUUGUACCGGUCUGAAGGGAAGUCAUUGGAACUCCGGAGAAACUGUCUUGUGGAUCCCGCAGUGAUUCUCAUUCUCUGAACAGUGUCCACUAACUCUAUUCCUGGAGAGCUAGCAGGCUUUUGUUCUAGCCCAGCACUAAACACCUGAUUUUAAACGGAUAAUGGCCCAGACAUGUGGCUAAAUUGAAUUAGCUGAAUCAGGGCUCGUAUUCCAAAAUUGUAUUAAAGCUGCAUUUGGGCAAAAGAGCUGAAUCUGAUUGGUCAAAAGACAAAUUAGUGAGAGAAGAAGAAAAAAAAAGAUGAGAAUUGUGCUGCUUGUGUAAACGCAGCCUUUCGAGUAAAAGUAAAAAGAUCUAGGAUCAGUUUUGCCUUUUUAAAUCAUUAUGAAUAAGAGGGGGUGUGGCCUGAUCCUAGAUCAGCUUGGGAAUACAAGCCCAGGGCUGCGUUCAGUUCGCUUGAACGUUUGCUAUGUUACCGGAACGGUUUGUACUGAACGACAGGUUUUUUCCCAAAACAUUCUUGUAUGUUCUUGAACAGACUUGAGUUGCGUUUGCUCAGUUCUGUGGGCGUGCCGCGGUGUGGCUUGAAGCAAGGAGUGACAUAUAUUUAAAAUGACAGUGGUGUAUUUUGAACCCACAAUUCAACUUGUUUUUCAACUGGCCAUUCAGUACCGUUUCCAUUCAAUUGAACGUUUUAUUCCGUUUUUAUGUACUGAACGCAGCCCUGGUGUGUCCUACCCAUGGAGGAAGGACCAACUGUAGCAUUGCUAACAAUAGUUAGCAUCCUCUUCUACUCCAAGGGCUCCCUCCCAACCACAGAACUAGAGUCCUCUGGGUAUAAACAUCAGUUCAAUGUCUUUUGAUUUAAAGUAGUAAUUGAGUUUACCUAACUUGAAAUCAACAAAAGUGUGAACUGUGUUGGAAUAAGUUUGGGGGGAAUUUWUUUCUCUCCAGAAUUCCUUUGUUGUUGUUGACUUUUUGCAAAUCCAAUCCGUUUUCCACGUCGUUGAUUUAGCAUCAUCACAUUGAAUGUUUUUGUUAAAACAAUGUUGAUUUUUUUUUUUUGUUGACUAGUUUGUGCCCAGUGGGAUAACUGUAACCCCCAACCAUUAUGGAAAUAUACCUGACCAUAGAACAGCGGUUAGGGACAAUGUGAUGCUUCCCCCUCAGGCCUCCACUGUGGUGUCCGGUAAAUGUUGUUUSAAUGUUAGUUUGUGUGUUGGACAUCAGGACACAACAUUUCUCUAUCAGCRGGGGACUACCCAAAUAAAUAACCUGAGAAUGUU